GUUAUUUUUGGAACGUCCCGGAUGAGAUGCUUUCGGUUCACUGGCAACAUGAAAGAUGGCGACGCAUCACAGGCAAAACGCUGCUGGUCGGAGAAAAGUCCAGGUUUCUUACGUGAUCAGAGAUGAAGUGGAGAAGUACAACCGAAACGGGGUGAACGCCCUGCAGCUGGAUCCGGCCCUAAACCGCCUGUUCACCGCGGGCAGAGACUCCAUCAUCCGAAUAUGGAGCGUCAAUCAGCACAAACAGGAUCCGUAUAUAGCUUCGAUGGAGCACCACACUGACUGGGUGAAUGACAUUGUGCUGUGCUGUAACGGGAAGACGCUGAUUUCAGCGUCGUCAGACACUACCGUUAAAGUUUGGAACGCACACAAGGGCUUCUGCAUGUCCACAUUAAGAACCCAUAAGGAUUAUGUCAAAGCUCUGGCUUACGCAAAAGACAAGGAGCUGGUGGCGUCCGCUGGGCUGGACAGACAGAUCUUCCUGUGGGACGUAAACACGCUCACGGCUCUGACUGCCUCCAAUAACACGGUCACCACUUCCUCUUUGAGCGGGAACAAAGACUCGAUCUACAGCCUGGCUAUGAACCAGCUGGGCACAGUCAUCGUCUCAGGAUCGACAGAAAAGGUCUUGAGGGUGUGGGAUCCACGAACGUGCGCUAAGCUAAUGAAGCUAAAAGGACACACGGACAACGUGAAAUCGUUAUUAUUAAACAGAGACGGUACUCAGUGUCUGUCCGGGAGCUCGGACGGUACGAUACGACUGUGGUCUCUGGGUCAGCAGCGCUGCAUCGCUACGUACCGGGUCCACGACGAAGGCGUUUGGGCGCUGCAGGCCAACGAAGCCUUUACGCACGUCUACUCAGGAGGACGCGAUCGCAAAGUCUACUGUACGGACCUGCGCAACCCGGACAUCCGCGUGCUCGUAUGUGAGGAGAAGGCUCCUGUUCUCAGAAUGGAGCUGGACCGAUCAGCAGACCCGCCUCCUGCCAUUUGGGUUUCCACGACCAAAUCCUGUGUAAACAAAUGGUCUCUGAAGGGAAUGCACAACUUCCGGGCGUCAGGAGACUACGAUAACGACUGCAGCGCUCCUCUGACCCCGCUGUGCACCCAAUCCGAGCAAGCCAUUAAAGGUGGUGCGAGCAUCAUUCAGUGUCACAUCCUGAACGACAAGCGACACAUCCUCACCAAAGACACCAACAACAACGUGGCGUUCUGGGACGUGCUCAAGGCGUGCAAAGGGGAAGACCUCGGCAAAGUGGAGUUCGACGAGGAGGUAAAGAAGCGCUUCAAGAUGGUCUACGUGCCUAACUGGUUUUCCGUGGACCUUAAAACAGGGAUGCUGACCAUCACCUUGGACGAGAGCGACUGCUUUGCUGCCUGGGUGUCCGCAAAAGACGCCGGGUUCACGAGUCCGGACGGGUCGGACCCGAAGCUGAAUCUGGGAGGCUUGCUGCUCCAGGCUCUGCUUGAGUUCUGGCCUCGAACCCACAUCAAUCCGAUGGAAGAAGAAGAAGGAGAAGUUAAUCACGUAAACGGAGAGCAGGAGAACCGGCUCCAGAAAGGCAACGGCUAUUUCCAGGUGCCUCCACACACUCCGGUAAUCUUCGGUGAGGCAGGCGGAAGGACGCUCUUCAGGUUGUUAUGUCGAGACUCGGGUGGAGAAACGGAGUCGAUGUUGCUGAAUGAAACCGUCCCACAGUGGGUCAUCGAUAUAACUGUAGACAAAAACAUGCCCAAGUUCAACAAGAUCCCGUUCUACCUGCAGCCUCACUCAUCCUCUGGAGCCAAAACACUCAAGAAGGACCGUCUGUCGGCCAGCGACAUGCUGCAGGUGAGAAAGGUGAUGGAGCACGUCUACGAGAAGAUCAUCAACCUGGACACGGAGUCUCAGACCACGAGCUCCUCGGGAACGGAGAAGCCCGGAGAGCAGGAGAAGGAAGAGGACGUGGCCAUGCUGGCCGAGGAGAAAAUCGAGCUCAUGUGCCAGGAUCAGGUUCUAGAUCCAAACAUGGACUUGAGAACAGUGAAGUAUUUUAUCUGGAAGAGCGGCGGAGACCUGACUCUCCACUACAGACAGAAGUCUACGUGAGGGCGACGGCAGCAGCAGCGCACACGUCUUUUUUUUUCUCUAACUUUCCUGUCUGUUUGCUCAUGGAGAACGUUCAGCGCCAUUCCUCCUCUUUCUCUCUCUCUUCAUGAGACAGGAAACAGACACUUUGUACAGUAUACUAAUCCAGGACAUUAAUUAUCUUUGUUUCCAUUUUUUUCUUUUUUUUCCCUUAUUUUUCAUCCAGUCACAAUCGAGAUUUGAGAUCAGACACUUCUAGUUAAGUCGGUGAUGAUCGAUUUUAACAUGACAUAAGGAAAUGAAUUACUGAGGAUUAGACAAUCGAGACUUGUGUGGAUAUUAAAAUCCCGCACACUUCACAAUGUGACGAGAUUUAAACGUGUCCACUAGCAGCUAGCGCUCUUGGAGAAAAUUGAAACGUUUCUAAAUUGCCGUUUAUAUACUCGCAUAAAGUUCUCACAUAAAGUUUCAGCCAUAAUAAAACCAGAACUGGGGUUGGUGGCGCAAGAUGUUAACGUCUGAGACAUUAUUGUGAUUUCUUUCGGCAGUUCGUUUUGUAAAUAGCUCGCUCUUUAAGUUAUUAUCCUGGGAACAGUAUUUUUGUAUCGUCUAAAAGUCCGUUGAAGACAUGCAAGGGGAAAAAAAAUCUCAAGUCAUCUCCGUUCAGGUCAGCCACGCCUGUAAAUAAGAGCAUCAAACCUUAGCAUUUCAACAGAUGGGAUUUAACCCCAUCAAUGCCUGGCUUUCUGUCUUCUUUUUUUUCCUUUUUUUUCCCUAAUUCUAAAGGUGACAGUAAGUCCAGUGAGGUUGGCGUCUGGGAGUUUAUAGGGUUAUGUUUUAAAGCCUUUAACAAGUAAAUCUUACUUCAUGUUUUGGAUCACGUUUGUCAGCUCAAAAAAAAAAAAAAAAGGUCAAGUCAACAAAAUCAUUUCCCCUUUCCUUUAAAAGCAGUGUAUUGAAUAUCUGAUCUACAUUUUGUGCCGUUUUCUAGCCACAAGUUUCAUCCACAACGUCCUCGGAUAUCAGUCCUCAGCGUUUAAUCCAAAGUUUAGGCUUCAGCUCUUUAAUAAGCCUCUCACUGUAACGAGUGCUGAUGAUUGAUAAACCUUUUUCCUGAUGAUGUUUCAAUACUGGCUCUUGAGAUGAAUCCCAGAAAACUAUAAGCAUUGAUGAAUUUUCCAACUGAUGGUCGACUUUAAACAUUUUCUCGUUCUGCGAUUGAGGAUGUUUCCGUUCUACACUCUGCUGUUCACUCUCAGGCUCGUAGUGAUGAAUCCGUGUCUCGUCACCAGUAAAUGAUUCCCUAUAAGAAACGAUCACCUUCCUUACAGGAUCGCUCCAGCUUUUGUUUGUAGAUAUCAAAACAUUUGUGUUUACGCUCUUAUGCGAGUUGUUUCGGCACCUGGUACACAAAAUUAAUAAAUAAAUAAUUUGCUGCUCAUUGCUUUUCUUUAGUUUGACUCAGAAGCAGGGCAUCCCUUUUUCCCCCCGCAAAGCAGUGACCGGUAGCCUCGAACGUACAGCGCUGAUAAGACUGCGGCCAACAGACGUUUUAAGUGUCUAAGUGUUCGGUAGUAUUUCUUGUCGAGAUCCUUGUUCAUAGAAAUGAGCGCAAACGACAAGAUCCGGAAGCUCGUGGCCAGAAAAAUGUACAAACUUAUCUACGUAGCCUUCAGCUUUAAUCAUUUGUGGAACUUGUUAAUUUCCAAGGUGUUUAUGAUGAGGAAAUCAACGUGGGCUUUUUCUGCUUGAAUGAACGGCCUGUGAAAAAUUAUAGCUUGGAAAUGAACAGUGAGGUGAAAUAUAAACCGUAUAUAUAAAUAUUGUACAUUUUGUAUUAUAGCUAGAUGAAAUGUUAUGUUGUAUGUAAAUAACCUCAAUAUAGGCUCAUGAUACUGUGCACUGUGA